AUGCAAAAACCAGAUGCCAAAGCCUCCUGUUUCCGACAACUGCAUGUCCGCGUCGCUCUGCUUGUGGCUCUGCUCCUUACUCUGACUAUUCUUCUGGCAAAGAAAGACUUCAGGACAGCCUUUGACAUUGGUUCCCUCAAGUUGACCCAGAGGAACGAUUCCCAGGCCAAGCCUGCGACUCCAGAGUUCUUGGGCAAGAGACCGCAUCCGAUUGAUGCAAAUCGAUCCGAACCCUUGGUGGCUCCAACGCAUGCUCGCGCAGCUGGCUCCCCCUCGGAGUCCAAAUCUGUUUAUUCGAAUGUCUCUGGAAAUGUCUCGGCUACUCCUUCGGUGAAUGUGUCUGCAAAUGUCUCCGCAGACGUUUGGGUGAACACUUCUGCCAACGCGAGCGCGAGUGUGAAGCAGAAUGCAUCGACGAGCCGCGAUCAGAGGUCGGCUCCGGCCUGGCUUCCGGCGAGACUGCCUCCGAGGACCCCGCCCUUGAGCGGCCCAGGCUCGAAGCCGAAGCCUUCCUGCAAGAGCGGUCCUUCGGCACUUUGCUUGGUCGGAAACAUCAGGACACUCCCCUACACCAUGGCUUCCAUUGAGAGACUCGCCCUGGAGAACUCCCUGGAUGUCUACAUGGUGCUGCAACGGGGCCAGAAGAGGGGGUCUUCUUGGUUGACGUAUGCCGCGAACUUCUAUGGAUCUGAGGCAGAGGACAAGAUCAUACAAAAGCUUCGAAGUAUGCGCGGUGCUUCCGACGGGGUGCAGAUUCGCGAGAUCAUUGACGUGAGCGACGGCAGUUGCGCCGAGUAUCGAAAGAGCUUUCAGUCCAGACAAAAGGUCUUGAAAUAUUCAGACUGCAAGGAGCACGCGUCCAAUUCCCAGAUCCGCUGGUUGAGGACCUGCUUUGACCGCGUACUUGCCAGCGGAGUGCAGUAUGGUCGCAUUGUCCGGACACGACCUGAUGUGGCUUUAUUUCGUGAUGUUCGUCUUUCCUCUUAUCCUUGUGGAAAAGUUUAUGUGCCUUACAAGAGUGACCCCUCGCCGGUUGCCGGCGACUGGUUCUUCUUCAUGGACUUCACGCUCUUGAAGAGCUGGUGGGCCACUGUCGAGGCCGCCUCGACCGUAAAAUACCAGCAAUGGCCUUAUCCCGACUACUACAUCUUCAAGAACGCAGCUUUGCGGCGUACACACCUUCCGGCAGUCAUUGUCCGAGCGCCCAAUGUGGUGGAAUGCUGCCGGCUGAGCCAAGAUCGGGGCCAGGAGCAUACGGAGGGAACAAGCCUCGACCAGGAAUGCAGACGUCUUCUUGGCAAAGGGCAUUUUGCUAAAGUUUGGCCUUCCUUUGACCUGAGGAUACGAGAGACCCAUGCGGGCCCUCCCUUCGUGGGCUGCAACUCGGAGCGACAGGCUGCGGUUGGGGUAUCCAGCAAACAGCUGGCUGCAAGAAUACAGGCGCACAAGCGAGGGGUCGGACCGGCUCAUUCGUUGAGUCGCCGCGCUGCGACAGCCGCACAGGGAAAGUCCAAUCUCUUGUUCGGUCUGACGAAGUGUGACAGCAAAGAAAGGAGGCAGCGGCAGUGGCAGAAGCCAGCUGUCCAAGACAGUGGCGCAGCUGCGGCGUGCCGCCUCAAGAUGCAGGAGAUCCAGUUGCCCGCUGAUGGCGCUUCCUUGCUGCGUGCUAUCCCGGCAGCCGACCAGCUAACACCGAAGGUUCUGGCCAAGCUAAGCUGGCGCAACGAAGUCCUUCUAGGUGCCCUUCCAUCGUCCGCUCAACGCAAGAUCCACGAAGGAUCUGGCGAGCACGACUCAGAGACUCCAGGCUGGAAGACAAUGGCGACAUCUUGGGCAGAUGGGGCCUAUCUGACCCUGAUAGGCGAUGCAUCUCUGCGCAUCAUGUCAGGAUUCAAUCCGCAGGUCUUCUCCAUGCUCGAGACGAUGUUCGGCCAGAACAGCGCGCUCGGCCAGGCGCCCAUCCAGUCCCAACAGCUCAUGUUGCAGUCCCUGCAGCGACGGCGAGAAAACAGCAAGGAGGAUCCCUCCGAGGAGGAAGACGAAGACGAAGAUGGUCCUGCGGACGUCUUCAAAGAGCAGACAGUUCCACCCGAACCUCCAGCAAAGCAGGUUGAUGCCGGCAUCCCACAAGCUCUUAAAGAUGAUGGCGCUCAAGGCGUGCACGACUCUGCAGACUGGAUGUCAGAUGUGCAAAGCGAUGAGAAUUCUGGGAUGGAGCCCGGGUCCGCUUCCCUCGACCCGGAGCAGGUUAGCGCUGUUCGGCGAGGCCUUGGCUCCUGGUUGUUGCACGUUGCUUCAUUCCAGGAGGUGGAGACAAUCCAACUCAGCACCAGGUGGCUUGAUGCCAGCUCCGCAGCAGAAGUCAACCAAGUGCUAGACAACCUGCUACUGAAAGAUCCCGAAGCUGGAUGGGUAACUUGCGCAUCCGAGAAUGAGCUUUGCAAGUGCGCCAGCGGCCGCGUGCGCUACGGCCAUCGACAAAAAGGUUGGUACACGAAGAAGGGUAAGGAGGAGGUCGCCUGCUUGCUCGACAAAUUCGGGAAGACAGACAUGGCGUACGGCAUGCUGAAGACGUGUCAAUGCCACGACCCACCUCAUCGUGAAGUUGGAGUGGAAGACCUUGCGGCACUGGUCCAGCUGCCUUCAGAUCCAGGAGGCCGGAACGAAGUCGGCGCUGCUCCAGGCACCCUCUGGAAGGUCAUCGAUGGCUUAGUAGCAUGGAUCGAGAAGGCCGACUCGCCACAGCUCUUGGCACUCUCCCGGGUUUACCAGUGGAUGGAAGGUAGCGGUGGCUUCUCAAAGAUUGGGGCAGCCAUUGCCAAAGCUGCGACAAAGGCCACCCUCUCUGGAAAGACCUGUGAGGAUGGCUCCAAGGCCGAGCUGAAGAGAUGCCCGCAGUACGCGCUGGAGCUUUGUCCGGCCGCUUGUGGGAAGCACCAAGAUCUCCAAAAGCAGAAAUGGAGGACUGGGCCACCGCAGGCAAUUUCAGAAGAGUGUCGCUCGUCUAGGGUGGCCCAGCUUUGGUCGUGCGACCACACAUCCUCGAGAGUGCCAGGAGAGGGGCACGCGCAUGCAACGGCCCAGCACAUUCUGGACCAGAGCCUCCAGGCAAUGUGCGAUGAGACCACCCUGCAGCCUCUAUGGCAGACAUUCUUGGACUGUGAUUUCUUGGACCAGUACCUCCGAUGGACCUCCGAAUCUGGCUGGGUGGAUGAAGCCUUCGUGACAUACGUCGCUGGAGUGCAGGACUCCAUCUAUGCCCUGCAGGCUACCAACCUUGUUCGCUCAAUUGACCUAUUCUCCUCAAAGCCGGUUAUCGUGGUGGUUUUCGACGAGCAGUAUGUUCCACCAUGGCAGUGGCGGCACUUCCCCAACGUCAUCGUGUACAAGAUGCUGCCCCUGCCAGGAAAAGCAGUUUCCUUCAACUUCAACAAGCUUCGCGCCAUGAUCGCUUCCCGAACCCUCGUGGGUGUUCAGCUGGACACCGAUCAGCUGAUUGCGCCAGAGGUGGAGAGGAUGUUUGCCGCUUCUCGUCGCGAGAUCCACUCGCACUACCCCUGGCCCAUGCUGCCGGUCCACUGGAUGUCGAGAGAUGCCAAGAAAGGAGAGCUUUACUCCGACAUGAACUUCGAAGGGUGGGCUGGCCAAAGGACUAUGAGGUGGGGUCAUGCGCACCCGACAUGGACAUACUGGGCCUUACCCUUCCUAGCUGAUCUCCUCUACGAGAGGUUUGUCGCCGGCUUCAAGACCAAGGCGAAGGCCUGGAGCAUCCAGGCCUGGGACCUGAAUGCAGCAUCCUCCGACGGACUUUUGGCCGUCAUCGAGGAUCAAAGGAAAUCACCUCGACAGGUCAAGUACGGGUCAUUUAUGAUGGAGGAUGAGGACAUGCUCAAUGUCGGGCUUUGGCGUGACAAGGCCACCAAGGAGUGGUGCAAGUUCGACUUGGAAUGGGCUUUGUUCAAAGAGAGAUGGCAGCUGGAUCCGAAACCUAUGCAAGACUCCAAGUGGUAUCCCGACGGUGUGCCAGUCGUGUACCUGUCCAUGCACAACACGAAGCAGUUCGAGGUGACGGAUUGGCUUCUGUCUUGGUUUGCGCGAUGCCACAGCUUCAAGCCAUCCAGGUGUGCAACCUCAGGCAAGGCACCGCCUCCUCAAUGUCAGGAGGAUUCGUCUGCAGAGCGGAAGCUCAGACGACGUCCGCACCAGUACGUGGAAGACAUGUGCUGCUGCAUGGAGCCCCGCCUGAGCAAAUGGAUCUACUGGGGCGGCAAGUGGUUCGACAACGGACAGGCGGUGCCAGGCAAGAUGCCGGGCAUGCAGAAGAACAGAACCUGUACUCUGCCCUGA